UUCCUGUGCGGAGCGGAGAGUCGGUGAGCUCGGCUGCAGAAAGACAAAUCUAGAAAUCCAGCUCAUUAGGAAAAGCUGGGAUUUUCUCAGAAGAAGAAGAGGCUGCAGCUCGUUUCUGCAUCCGUCAUCUCUCAUCGUGAACUUCGCUGAUUAGGGAAUUUCAAUUUUGGGAAAUCCGCCUGCAAGUCAGCCGGGAGGUCUUAUGUUUUUUAACAAGAGGUUUCUUGAAAAGCAUCCUCUUGUGUCCAUUCAGUUUUCUCCUGUUCUCCACCUCUCCAACUCCCUCCUUGGAGGCAGAUUGAAAACUUCGGAUUAUCUGAUUUUAGUGUUUGGGAAUAAUUUUGGAGUGGCCAAAAAGGAUAAGAGAAUAGUGCUGCAGCAGCUUACAAAGAGACCCUGGCUCCUGUAAAGAUGGCUGACGUGGUGCAGCCAGACCCCAACAGCCUUCAGAUACCCGGUGAUAAUGCAUCAGCCCCUUCAUCGCCUGCCACAGCUAGGAAUGACUGCAGCAUCACACCCCUCACACCCUCACCCUCACCGAGGGUGGAGAUCAGACCCAGGAUGGCCUGUCCUUUCUCAGUUGUCGUGGCGAUAGACUUUGGGACAACUUCCAGCGGCUACGCGUUCAGCUUCACACAGGACUCAGAGGCCAUACACAUGAUGAAGCGCUGGGAGGGCGGCGACCCUGGAGUGGCCAAUCAGAAGAGCCCGACCUGUCUGCUGCUUACUCCCGAGCUGCGGUUCCACAGCUUUGGGUUUGCGGCCCGGGACUUCUACCACGACCUGGACCCAGAGGAGGCCCGGCACUGGCUCUAUUUUGAUAAGUUCAAGAUGAAGAUCCACAGCACAAGUGACCUCACCAUGGAGACGGAGCUGGAGGCGGUCAACGGUCGGAGGGUCAGGGCCAUCGAGGUGUUUGCUCACGCCCUGCGUUUCUUCAGAGAGCACGCUCUCAAGGAGGUGAAAGACCAGUCGUCAUCAGUGCUGGAGGGGGAGGAGAUCAGAUGGGUGAUCACUGUUCCCGCUGUGUGGAGACAACCUGCUAAACAGUUUAUGAGAGAGGCUGCAUACCUGGCUGGUCUGGUGUCUCCCGACUGUCCCGAGCAGCUCCUCAUUGCUCUGGAACCCGAAGCCGCGUCCAUUUAUUGUCGCAAGCUCCGCCUCCACCAGGUGAUUGACCUGAGCUUGCAGCCAAUCACAAAUGGCCUCGAUCUGGAGGGGUCCCGGCCCUUUGACUCCAGCUUCAGACAAGCCAGGGAGCAGCUGAGGCGAUCCAGACACAGCAGGACCUUCCUGGUGGAGAGUGGAACCGGAGAGCUGUGGUCAGAGCUGCAGACUGGUGACAGGUAUAUUGUUGCAGACUGCGGAGGAGGGACAGUGGACCUGACAGUCCAUCAGAUCGAGCAGCCGCAGGGAACACUUAAAGAGCUCUACAAAGCUUCAGGCGGCCCCUAUGGUGCUGUCGGGGUAGACCUGGCCUUCGAAGCCAUGCUGUGCCAGAUCUUUGGCGAGGACUUCAUCCAGAGCUUCAAAGCCAAGCGGCCGGCGGCCUGGGUGGACCUCACCAUCGCAUUCGAGGCGAGGAAGCGGACGGCGGCGCCAGGCAGGGCCAACGCCCUCAACAUCUCCCUGCCAUUCUCUUUCAUCGACUACUACAAGAGACACAGGGGGCAGAGUGUGGAGGCCGCCCUGAGGAGGAGCAAUAUGAACAUAGUGAAGUGGUCGUCCCAGGGGAUGCUGCGGCUGACACAGGAAGCCAUGAACGAGCUCUUCCAGCCCACCAUCAUCAAUAUUGUCAAACAUAUUGAGGAGCUGAUGGCAAAGGCAGAGGUGCGCGGUGUGCGUUUCCUCUUCCUGGUUGGCGGUUUUGCAGAGUCACCCAUGCUGCAGAAAGCAGUCCAAAGAGCGCUCGGGCGGACGUGUCGCAUCAUCAUCCCCCAUGACGUUGGGCUGACCAUACUGAAGGGCGCCGUGCUCUUCGGGCUGGAUCCCACUGUGGUCAGAGUGCGUCGAUGCCCCCUGACCUACGGCGUUGGCGUCUUGAACCGGUUCGUGGAGGGACGCCACCCUCGGGACAAACUUCUCAUCAAGGAAGGCCGCGAGUGGUGCACCGACAUCCUCGACCGCUUCGUCUCUGUCGACCAGUCGGUGGCUCUGGGCGAGGUCGUGAGACGGAGCUACACGCCCGCUCGCCUGGGCCAGCGGAAGAUCAUCAUCAACAUCUACUGCAGCGUGACAGAUGAUGUCACAUACAUCACCGACCCUGGAGUCAGGAAGUGCGGGACGAUAACUUUAGACCUACCGGAACCGCUGCCGCUACCAGGAGCGGUGGGAGGAGCCGGGGGAGGGGGAGGCCCAGAGAGAAGAGAGAUCAGAGCGACCAUGCAGUUUGGAGACACCGAGAUCAAAGUCACAGCCGUUGACGUCAUGUCUAACCGCACCGUCCGGGCUUCCAUAGACUUCCUGUCUAAUUGAGGAGGAGCAGGAAGUAGAGAGGAGGAAUGGAAAACACAGAAAUAACUGAUUCUAGGGAUGAUAAUUUUAGAAAAAGCGGUACUUUGGGAGCGGGCGACAUUUUCUUGGAAAGAACAGGAACUCAUCCUGUUAAUCAGACAUUUAAGCUUUAAGUGAACUCCUUAGUAGAAAAAAGGUCAUGAAGGGAAAUUUUCUCCAGUUCAAGAAUCUCCUCAACUGAAAGUUAGAGUGACAUCUCUGCACCGAAAACUCAUUUGUCUGCCUUCUGGCUGCAGUGAAGAGUUCGUCGUGUCACACCACAUGUUGCUGUCACAGGCAUUUCCUGCCUAGAAAAUACUCAAAGGGACACUUGCAUGAACUCAUAUGAACUUGUAUAAAAAAAAUCUAAUGCAAGCUGGUGGAUGAGUGCAUGUCCCUGCUGCAAUGAACAGAUACCUUCUAAUAAUUCAAGCUGUCCGAGGAAUAUUUCAACUUUUGUUGACAAUUUUGUUUGCUAUAAAUAAUCUACAUAAUGUACUAUACUACCUAGAGUAAAACUCACUCUUCUUAAUUGCUAAAUAAAGUGUUGCCUUUUAGCUCAUAUAUUAACAGGGAUAUCUCACAAGUGCUGGUCUGAUACCUCAUUUAAAUCAUGUUUUAUUAUCCACAUACGAGAUAUUGAUUCAACCACCUGGACUGCAGCUGUUUCUGUUUCUCUGAUCUGUGAUUGUGCCUUACCUAGUGGUGAAAAGACGGAACUGCAAGCUAAAAGCUCUCAGGAUUGAUCGAAACACACUAGGAAGGACUGUGACAUUACUGCGGUCACAUUAUGGUGUCGUCUUUAUGUUGUGUAUGCUGUAAGAAACUGUAUUCAUGUUUAUUUUGAACCUUAUUUCGUCUGUGCAGGUUGCACAAUGAUAUAAUGUAAGAAAGCAUCAUCUUUACAUUAUCCUAAUUUUAUCAUCCAUGGCCAUACAUUUUACAUUAAAAUAAAAACUCACUUUUGACACA